AUGCUGUUCAGAUACAUUUGCUGCUCCGCUAUCUUGCUCUUCGUGUUCAGCGGCGAGAGCUUCUAUCAUCUAGUGAGCAACCUGAUGCCGAUUCAGCCGGAGGCCGACCUAAACUUCAAGGAAACGGAAUAUAUAGGACUCGACCAGCUGACCCCGGAGCUAGUGGUGCUUGAGAAUCUCACCACUCUCAGUGGCCUCGAGCUGCGGGUGGCCAACUGCACCUGGAUUAUGUCAUCCCUGACAUAUGCGGUGCACACGGCGCUGGGCCCGGGCGAGGCUGCUGAAAGUGACGCGCUGCAGGGUAAUGGUGGAUAUCUUUGGAGCGGCAUUGUGCAUCCUUCCUGGGUGGGGAUUCUGAUUGCGUGCACUCCGUUACUGUGUGUCUUCGAGUUCAUGGUCACGAUGCCACGCUUCAUCAUGAUAAACGUCAUGUUUUCUGGCUUUCGUUGUCUUAUCGUUCAGCCUGGACGCUUGCUGGUCAGUCUGUUGAGCAGCAUCAUGCUUUUCCUGACCCGGUCCCUCUUCUCCCCCCCUGCGAUUUUGGUCACUACGGUCCCGACCGCCAACCCAAUCCUGGCUGCGGCGUUCGUUUGCAUAUCGCUGGCAGCCAUUACGUCGCCCGUCCCUUUGCUUCUGCUCGCCCGCGAUCUAUGGAACACGACUGCCAAUCUCAGAGUUGUCAGGAGUUUCAGACGAGCGGUUGGAAGCAAGGUCUUGAGCAAAGCCUUGGAACGCCUUCCAUUUGCCUCGCGCUCGAAAGGUACCACUCGAGGAUCUCGGGAUCCCAAGCAGAAGGACUACAAGGGUGCCGAACGAGCUGCCACUUCCUUUGCUCCCCCCUGCUUCGUCUGCCUCGACAAGCCCUCCAGAUACAUCUUGGAACCAUGUGGGCAUCGGGUUGUGUGUGGAGACUGCGCAGUGCAACUUGUGGAUGCGGCUGCGCGGACUCGCACUGCUACAGAGGCUGACCGUGGCGGCGAUCGAGGAGGCAACUGUCCUUCUUGCUCAUUGGCCAUCAAUCGGGCGAUGCGGAUCUUUCCAUGA